GAGAAGGGAAACUGCUGCUUAAAGACAUAUGCUCAGAAAGGACAGCUAGCUUAGACAGCAGAACUUGUCUAUUGCUCUACCAACAAUUGAGCACUUCGGUAGCAGUGGAGUCAUGUGAAGUGACUGAAUUAAACAGAGGAGGUCAGAACACUUUUCAUAUUUAAAACCUUGUAAUCUUUUGUUAGCUUAGAAGAGCAAAGCUUCUAAUAUUCUUGAUAGAUGGCUUUAGAAACAUGUGGAACCUGUUUGAGCUGUCUGCUGAUACCUCUUGCACUUUGGAGUAUUGUUGUUAAUGUCCUUUUAUACUUCCCUAAUGGGAAUGCUUCAUAUGUUGCCAGUUACCAGCAUCCCAACUACGUGUGGUAUUUUGAAGGCAUCUGUUUCUCAGGUGUGAUGAUUCUUCUGUUGGCAGUAAUUCUCAUAGCACUGGAAUGUAAUGUGUUCUAUCGGUGCUGCCAGAGUGAGAGCUGUAACAAAACCUACAGAAGUUUUAUUUCAAUUGUGCUAGCCAUGCUUGGAGUUGCUUUCUCUGGAUACAGUUGCAUCAUUUUUACCUUGGGAUUGAUCCAAGGCCCCUUCUGCAAUUCAUCAAGUGGAUGGGAUUACAUCUUCAAAGAUACCGUUGGAGGGUACCUCAGAGAUUACUCUGCUUGGUCUCAGUGUGCUGAACCUGCUAAUGCUGUGGAAUGGACCAUCAUUUUACUCUCUAUUCUGAUGACUCUUAGUGGACUGCAGUUGAUCAUCUGUUUUCUUAAAGUGGCUGCUGAGCUGAAACGUACACUGUGUGGGACCUAUUCUGUUUUUAUUCAGGCUGGGAUUCUCUGAAAAUGGCAAAAUGCUGAACCACUGUUUUCCAAAGAAAAGCUGUUUUCUUACCUGUCCAGUUGUCUCUGGCAGUGACUUUUUUUUUUUUUUUUUCACCCUCAAGCUUGUUCUGACAGUAGGGAGGUUUGAAUACUGUGGAACUCCUUUUGCAGUAAAGCCAUCUUUUUGGAAUAAAUCGCUGUAUUUAUAGUACACUCUCUUUGUUUAGAAGCCGAGAGUAUUUGUUGUUCUGAAAGGGCCCGAUUCAAAGUCUAGCAUGUCAGGAGAAAUUCUCCCUUGAGAAUUAUUGUGCUGGACGAAGUCGUGGUUUCUACAUGACUGAAUUUUAGUUACAGACAGACCCUGAUGGUCAUGGCAGACAUUUUCUGUCCCAGAAGCUUAUUAACUGUACAAAGCAAUUUCUGAGAAAAGGCUAGCAAGUCUUACCAAGGUAAGGCAUCUAGGCCUGACUGAAACUGAGAUACCCAUCUCCAAAGUCAGCUAUACUAGUUAGUGUGCCUUAGUAGGUGAACUGGGUUUCUUCUUUUUCUUACUCAAGAGGCAGGCUUUUUUUUGUUUGUUUUUAAUUAUUAUGAGAAUUUAGGAAGUAUAUGAGGAAACCCUGUGAAUACUAAGGGCUAGCUUGUUAUUACCGUGUAAAUAUUCUGACCUUGCUGCAAGAGAAGGCUGACGUUCUUGCCAACAACAUUCAGAAUUUCAGUUAGUUAAUUCCGUUUCAAGACAAUUCUGAGACUUUGCAUUGAUAUUCCUCUGGCAGAUAUUUUGAAAAGCUGGUUUCUUUCUGUAGAAUUUGAAAAAUGUAUAUUAAAUUUUAAUUUAGUUUCUAUGAGGUUGAAAGAAGUAAUAAAAAAUUACUGAUGUUUA